AUGUACGGAUCGGGCGGAAGGAGAGAGGAGGCUUAUGAGCCCUACCAUGGUGGGCACGACGAGGCCGCCUAUCAUGAGGAGGACCAUGGAGGCCAGGCACCCGAUGCGCCAGCAACCUACGUGGACAUCCCCUCGACCGAGGAGCUGGAGGCGAAGAAGGAGGCCUCGCAAUACACGGACAGCCUGACGCCCGAGCAAAAGGAGCUCAAGAUGAGGGAGGGCAUACAGAUGGCCGCCCUUCUCGUCCUGGGUCUGCUCGGUCUGGGCGUGAUGCUCGUCUACCUCGAUUUCGUGCUCGUGCCGCUCGUCUUUUCUCGAUUCCUCAUCUACAUCUUCCAGCCCUUCAUCAACGUGCUCGUCGGCAAGAAGCCGUUCCCGCUGUGCAAGGUGAGGUUCCGAUGGCCGCGCUGGGUGGCCGUGGUCACGGUGCUCUUCCUGCUCGCCGUGGUGUUCGCCGCCCUGGGCCUCAUCGUGACCCUGACCAUCUCCGACAUCAUCGACAACGCCGACUACUACAAGGAGCGAGUGAACAAUCUGAUGGAUACCCUGGUCGAGCUCGGUGAGUCGUAUGGUUACACCCGGGAGGACGUGGAGGCCAUGAUACCCGAGAUCGACCUGGCGGCGUAUGCCGUCUCCGCCGCUUCGUACCUCGCCAACAUCGUCACGCAGAUGGUGCUGGUGAUGCUGAUCGUCGUCUACAUGCUGCUCGGCUAUGACGGCUCCAACAAGUCCGUGCUUCAAUCGAACAUCGACUCCCGCAUUCGCAAGUACAUCAUGAUCCAUUCGUUCAUCUCGGUCCUUACGGGCGUGGGCACUUCGAUCAUCUUGCUCGUCUUCGGCGUGGACCUGGUUCUCUUCAACGGUCUCAUGGCCUGCAUCCUCAACUACAUCCCCAACAUCGGCUCCGUGCUCGGCGUCCUGCUGCCACUUCCCUUCGUCUUGUUCAAGGAGGAGUUUGCUUUGUGGGAGCUUCUCGCUGUUGCCGUAGCCCUCACCGUCAUGCAGUUCCUGACGGGCCAAGUGCUCGAGCCCAAGAUCCUGGGUAACGCGAUGGACAUGCCGCCCAUCACGGUCAUCUGCGCGCUACUCUUCUGGGGCGCCCUUUGGGGCGUCAUCGGCGCCAUUCUUUCGGUCCCGCUUACGGUUACCGUACAGCUGUAUCUCGAGAACAUCGACCACCCCGCGGCCAAAGCACUCGCCGGCAUGAUAGUCGGCGACUUCGCGAUGUUCGACACCUCCAAGCCUCGCGAUGCCGCGAAAGAAGAGGCCGCGAAGAAGAAGGACCUCGAGCUGGGCGUCCUGUCUGAUGAUGUGGCGCCUGUGGCACCCCACACUGAUGACUACCACCGGGGCUACGAGGCCGAGCGCCCUCGGGGCAAGGGCGAUGCCGACUACUACGGCGGCAGCGGCAGUGGCGGUGACGAGUACUAUGGUCGCGGCGGCGCCGGUUAUGAUGAGCACGCCUACCGAGGCGGCGAAGACUACCGACAGCCCGAACAGCGCCAGUCUCGGCGCAGCAAGCCCUGA